AUGACUACCACCACGAACAAGCCAGCCUCGUCCGCCAAGGACGAAGUCGUCCAUGCUAGGCCUUUGGGCGUCUACACCGGUGAGAACGAGGGCAAGCGCCGCAAGAGCGACGCGGACCGCAGAACCGCCCGGGAGUUUGACCUCAAGCAACAGCAGCGCGCAUCGUCGCUCGCGCAAGCGUUCGAUCGCGACGGCAAGAUUAAGGUUCAGGUCAAGGACUGGCAGCCGGAAGCCCUGAGCGACGGCACGUAUGGUAGCAUUGCAAUGAAGGACCUCUGUGAUGAAUUCGCGCACCUUGCAUCGGACAUUGUCCAGGACUUCACAGGAGGUAAGUAA